CGACGAAGUUCUCAUCAGCCUUUCGCUUUGAGAAAUUUCUAGCCAUGUUUGAGUGUGCACAUUGCGAAAAGAGCUUCGACUCUGAGAAGCGAGUGCAGCUGCAUUUGCGCUUCAUCCAUCCGAAUGAGAAGACAGAGUUCAAGAAGCCAGCCGGCAAAGGCGCAGUAGCUCCCAAUGCUCCCCCGUCAAGCUGUUUCUCCUGCUUUUCCUUUCUCAGCGACAGCACGACAGAUAGGGCGGACAAUGUGACCCCUGGCGACGAUCAGCACCCCAGUGCGCACGCUGCCAAGCGUGGGAAGCAAAAGACAAAGGUGGAGUACGAGAAAUCCACUGGAAAAGGGAAUGCAUUAGUGGACCCAGAGAACUGCUUGUGUCGCAAGGAUCCGUGCGUCGCCAGAUGCAUAUUAUUUCAUAUCAUUGUUUGCUGGGACGAAAAGUGCGCUUGGAAAGUGGAGCGAACAUGUUCGUUGCAAUAGAAAUUUCCUUUGCCCUUCGAAGUACGAAGCGCGCACCAAGGAGUGCAGACCUUGUAUGUGUGGAAGAAGCACGGUUUGUGUUUGUGAAGGGAUGGAUUUCUGAGAAGAUUUUGUUCAGCGUGUGCAAGAAGACACUCAGCUGAGCCGAGUUAUGCUCACCCGCUGGAAGCUUGCAAGCAUUUACAAUUUGCACUUUGUUGCAUAAUCAUGAUGUAAAAUGCAGGCGCGGUGAAAGCAGUGUUCCAAAUCGUUUCUAAUGGCAUUGAAUGGCUUUUCCGCUUUUGCACUGUUGCACCAGAAAUGCAAAAGAACCAUUUGUUCUCUCAAGCAAGCGAGCACGCCCAAUGCUGCGCGUGCGCAUCAACCAAAGCGGGAUGUGGACGUCAAAUCAUUUUAAUGUUGUUGACUGUGUUUCUG